CGCACCCACUCGUCUGAGUGUGCUGAGCGGACAGCUGCCGGUUGCUGGUCAACAGCCUGAGCGUGAAGCCGCCGUUCCGUUAUUAACUUGACGAGCAGGCGUCGGAAAGAUGUCGGACGGAGCAAGCUUCCGGUGGACGGUGGUCGUCCUCACCUGCCAGCACAAAGACAGCGUCUCCUCCUUCCAGAGAGAGCUGCAGCUGCGUCAGCAGCGCGGCUCUCUCUCGGCUGGUUCGGUGAUCUUGACGGUUCAGGACCACAAGGAGCCUCUGGGGAGCGGGGGGGCGACUCUAAACGCGUUGCUGGUGGCAACAGAAAACCUGAGCAGCAGAGCAGGACACACAGUGGUGACGGCUGACGUUCUGGAUGAAGCUCACAUCCUCAUCCUCCACUCGGGUCGGGACUUCCCCUGGAGCUCCUGCAGCCGGGCCUUCUGCUGGCUGCCGGAGGAACCGGACCACCGGGUCCAGGCUCCGGUCUGCUGUCUGGACCUCCUGCUGGACCGCCUCGGGACCCACAUCUGCCCCGGGGCCCCGCCUGGCGUCUGGGUCUGCAGCACCGACAUGAUCCUGAGCAUCCCGCCAGACUACCGUCUGUCCUGGGACGGCUUCUCUGGAGUCCGGGUCUUGGCGUUGCCGGGCGACGUUUCCUACGCAGCCAAUCACGGCGUCUACCUGGCCGACCAACAGGGUCACCUGAGGGACAUCAUCUACAGGGGGACACAGCAGCAGCUCCAACAGGCCCUCAUGGAGGACGGGAAGCUGGCUCUGGUGCGUCUGGUCUCAGGUCCGGUCUUCUUCAGCAGGUCUGUAUCUGAGAAGUUACUCCAGGCUCACGUCACUCCUCCUCUGGACGGCUGCACCUACCUGGGCCUGGACUCUGGAGCUCCGCCCCUACAGCUGUCUCUGUUCCUGGACCUGUUGAAGUGCCUGUGCUCAGAUCUGACCCAGGAUCAGUUUGUGACGGAGCACCGAGCGGGCUGCAGUUCCCCUGCUGGCCCAGAGGGGGCGACGGUGAGGAGGAGCAGGGCGGAGCUGUGGAGGCUGCUGAGAGGAGAGACCAUCAGCCUGGCGUACGUCCCCUGCGGUCGCUAUGACUACCUGACUCUGUCUGGGCGGAGUCAUGUGGAGCGACUGUGCUGUGAUUGGACGAACAGAAACACCCUGUCUCACAUCCAGAGCGAGGACGCCGUGGACGCCGGCUGCCGCAUCAUCAACAGCGUCCUUGAGGGAGACGUUGCCGUGGCGACGGGCGCGGUGGUGCAACACUGCCACCUGCAGGGUCCCCUGAAGGUCCCGUCGGGCUGCCUGCUGUCGGGUCUCCAGAUGAUGACAUCAUCACAAAGCGCCGGGCAGCUGCGGCUGGUCGAUGACGUCAUCGUCCAGGUACACCGGAUACAGGUGGGGGAGCUGAGGCUGAGCGUCUCCACGGUGAUGGGAGCGCACGACGACCUGGAGCUGUCCUCUGAUGACAGCAGCGCCUCCUUCCUGAACCAGGGAUGGAGUUUCUUCUUCAGUAGAACAGGAAUCCAGCCAGAGGAGUUGUGGGUGCGAGGGGAAGGCAGCUCCCUCCUGGAGGCCCGCCUCUUCCCAGUGCUCCUCCCCCGAGGAGGUGCAGUGGGUGUGGAGGGGGGCGUGGGCUGGCUGCUGGGAGGAGCCGGCUGCCUGAGGAGGUGGAGGGAGGCGUGGAGGCUCUCGUUGAAGGAGGUGAUGGCGCUCACCUGCCAGGAGGCGGAGCUACAGUGGAGGGAGGAACUACUGUUGUUGGCGGGCAGGAGGAGAGUGACGGACGCUCUGAGGAGUCGCUCCGACGUCUGCCUGCUGCCUUGCUUCAGGGCCGCGGUGCUGGGAGGCCAGCAGGGGGCGCUGCUGCAGAGCCUGGACAGCAUUGCUGCAGGUAGCCAGGAGGAGGGGGCGGAGCUCGGCGUGGCCGCCCGCUGCCUCUCCUGCAUCGCGGAUGUGUUGGUGUGCAUGGCGGACGGGAGGGGGGGGCUCAGGAGCGGGCCGGCUGCUAACGAGGCCUGGAGCUCCGCCUACUUCCUGUUGGAGGGGGGUCACCUGAGAGCCGGGGUCAAGGCCCUGGCUACGGAGAGAGAUAAUUGGCUGAGCAGGCCCGACCUGCUGGUUCGGGCGGCGCGUCACUACGAAGGCGCCGGCCAGGUGCUCCUACGACAGGCGGUGAUGUCAUCGCAGACCUUCAUCUCCAUUGGCCAGGGAGAGGUCCCGCCCCUUGAGGAAUGGCAGGAAGUGGAGUGUCCGGCCCGUCUGGACCUGGCAGGCGGGUGGAGCGACACGCCACCCGUGGCCUUCGAGCACGGCGGCUCGGUGACCAACGUGGCGGUGAAGAUCGAUGGGAGGCGGCCUAUCGGGGCGCGGGCCCGGCGCACGAGAGAGCCCCGCCUCCUGCUGGUCAGCCACAUGGGGGGGCGGGGCGACACAGAUGGGCGGGGCCCCGGCACCUCCACAGAGACGGUGUGUGACAGCCUGGAGGACCUGAAGGACUACUGUCAGCCUCACGCACCAGGAGCCCUGCUGAAGGCGGUGUGUGUGUGCAGUGGUCUGGUGUCCCUCUCAUCCCAGCAUGCACUGGGGCAUCAGCUGAUGCAGCGGUGGGGGGGAGGGGUGGAGCUCCACAGCUGGUCAGCACUGCCCACUGGAUCUGGACUGGGUACCAGCAGCAUCCUGGCGGGGGCGCUGUUGGCCGCGGUCUACAGGUGUACGGGCCGGACCUACGACACCGACGCCCUGAUCCACGCCGUGCUGUACCUGGAGCAGAUCCUCACCACAGGUGGAGGUUGGCAGGACCAGGUGGGCGGUCUGGUGGGCGGAAUCAAGGUGGGCCGCUCCAGGGCAUGUCUGCCGCUGCAGGUGGAGGUGGAGCGCCUCAGCCCUCCGGAAGACUUCCUGCUCGCUCUGGAGCUCCGCCUCCUGCUGGUCUACACCGGGAAGACCAGGCUGGCUCGCAACCUGCUGCAGGACGUGGUCCGUAGUUGGUACAGCCGGCUGCCCUCCAUGGUGCAGAACGUCCAGCAGCUGGUGGAGAACUCAGAGGAAUGUGUGAGAGCCUGUUCAGAGGGCUCCCUAACCAGGCUGGGGGCGUGUCUGAGCCGCUCGUGGCAGCACAAGAAGCUGAUGGCUCCGGGCUGCGAGCCGGCCUCCGUCAGGACCAUGAUGGAGGUCCUGCAGCCGCUGGUCCUGGGUCAGAGUCUGGCUGGAGCCGGAGGAGGAGGGUUCCUCUACCUGCUGACCCAGGACCCUCUACAGAGGGAGGAGGUGCUGCAGGUCCUCAACAACACACCGGGUCUGGGAGACUUCAGUGUUCAUUCAGUGGAGAUCGACAUGGACGGGAUUAAAGUCCUCCCUCCAUCCUGAGGACACACACACACACACACACACACUAUUUACAUUAGAGCGACAAAUCAUAAAACUCUGUGUGGGGGCGGGGCUAGGCUCAUAUUCAACAGAAAACAUCUGGAUUCAUUCUAGUUUAUCACCAACACUACAUUUUACUAGAUUACACCUGAACGCAUCAUGAGAAGUUAUCAUUUACCUUCAGCCAGUACUCGUGUUCACUGAGCAGAGCCUGAACGCAUCAUGAGAAUGUUCUGAUUAUUAUUAUUGUCUAAUGUUUGCGUGUAUUUAAUCUAUUUUUCAUAAUUAAUCUGAGUAGAUUUUGUUCAUGGAGACAGAAAAAACAUGAAGCUUGUUUUAUUUCAUUAUAAAAGUUUUAUAUCUUUAAUUAAAUGCAGUUUGAGGGUAAACACU